CGGCCCAGCUCUGCCCCCGGCCGGCCCGACCCCGGCCGCGGCCCCCGGCCCAGCCCUUAUCUGAUCCCAGCUCCGGGUUUAAGAGUCCCGGCUCCGCCCGUCGCCCAGCUCGGUGCCUCGCUCCUGCCCGCCCCGUCCGUGCGUCCCGCUGCCCAUCCAGGGACCUCCAAGAUGACGUCUGUCGCCAAGGUGUACUACAGCCAGACCACUCAGACGGAGAGCCGGCCCCUCGUGGGCCCAGGGGUCCGGCGGCGCCGGGUCCUGACCAAGGACGGCCGCAGCAACGUGAGGAUGGAGCACAUCGCCGACAAGCGCUUCCUCUACCUCAAGGACCUGUGGACCACCUUCAUCGACAUGCAGUGGCGCUACAAGCUGCUGCUCUUCUCGGCGACCUUUGCAGGCACCUGGUUCCUCUUCGGCGUGGUGUGGUAUCUGGUGGCUGUGGCCCACGGGGACCUGCUGGAGCUUGGCCCCCCGGCCAACCACACGCCCUGCGUGGUACAGGUGCACACGCUCACGGGGGCCUUCCUCUUCUCCCUCGAAUCGCAGACCACCAUCGGCUACGGCUUCCGCUACAUCAGUGAGGAGUGCCCGCUGGCCAUCGUGCUUCUGAUUGCCCAGCUGGUGCUCACCACCAUCCUGGAAAUCUUCAUCACGGGGACCUUCCUGGCAAAGAUCGCCCGGCCCAAGAAGCGGGCGGAGACCAUCCGGUUCAGCCAGCACGCGGUCGUCGCGGCCCACAACGGGAAGCCCUGCCUCAUGAUCCGAGUCGCCAACAUGCGGAAGAGCCUCCUCAUCGGCUGCCAGGUGACGGGCAAGCUGCUUCAGACCCACCAGACCAAAGAGGGCGAGAACAUCCGGCUCAACCAGGUCAACGUGACUUUCCAGGUCGACACGGCCUCGGACAGCCCCUUCCUCAUUCUGCCCCUGACCUUCUACCACGUGGUAGAUGAGACCAGUCCCUUGAAAGACCUCCCCCUGCGCAGUGGUGAGGGUGACUUCGAGCUGGUGCUGAUCCUCAGUGGGACGGUGGAGUCCACCAGUGCCACCUGCCAGGUGCGCACAUCCUACCUGCCGGAGGAGAUCCUCUGGGGCUACGAGUUCACCCCAGCCAUCUCGCUGUCCGCCAGCGGCAAAUACAUCGCUGACUUCAGCCUUUUUGACCAGGUGGUGAAAGUGGCCUCCCCUGGCGGCCUCCGCGACAGCGCUGUCCGCUACGGAGACCCUGAGAAGCUCAAGUUGGAAGAGUCGUUAAGGGAACAAGCGGAGAAGGAGGGCAGCGCCCUGAGCGUGCGCAUCAGCAACGUCUGACGGCCUGGUUUCCCGCCUCCCCGUCCCUCUGGUGUGUCCUCUGUUGGCGUCCCGUCCCGGGGGAAGGCCGUCACCCCGGCUUCCCGGAGGGCCCCAGAAGCACCCAUCCUCCGCCCCCUCUGCUUUAACCUGGCAGCCUGCGGGUAGGCGAGGCCAACUGGAGUCCCAGCUUUCCUUCCAGUGUCCCCUGCACCCUCCCCCAAGAUACACAACCCCCCGACGCCGGGAGGGGGUGUGGAGAGGGAAGAUUAGGCUGCAGUGGCCCAGGACGCCUCAGCCAUGCUUGGAGACUCACAUUAGGAGGACCGUGCAGUUGGAUGGAUAGACUCCCCCCGCCUCCCGCCGCCACCAUCCAGGUUUGGUGACCUGAGGCCGCAGCCCCCACCCCCUCUCGUUCCCCACACGGCUAGUUCCCUGGGGCAAGACUCUGAUGGUCCUUUUGGGGUCUGUGCCUCGAGAUAUAAGGGAAUCUGGGUGAAUCCCUCCCGGGUCCUCUACCAACCCCUGUUGAAAGAAGUCAGGUUUUUCAGGGUGGUUCACUUCUGCCGGCAAAUUCUGACUAUAACGCAGGAGCUUGGUCACCAGUUUUCCCCCGUUUUGUCCAGUGGGACCUUCCCUUAGGAUACCUGGUUCUCCCUUAGCUGCCUCUGCUCCCAGAGACCUGGGGCCGACGCAGGAAAUAGGCCCCGGGCAGCAUCGCACCUGCACGCGUCCUGGAAUCAGACCUCUGCAGAGCUCUUGUCCAAAUCCCUGACGCUCUCCCGCAGACAGCCCAGGGAGCAUGUGUUGCCCUGUGGCCUGUGGAUGGGAUGGCCCUGCCAGCAGGUCCCCAGGCCCCACAGAGAGGUCUGGAGAGAUGUCCCAGACAUUUACAGGGCACGGAUCCCCUGGGAAAGUGCCACUGACCCUACCGUGAGGGAGGAGGAGUAAGCUCUCAGAUUUCCAGCCGGCUGUGUGGAGCCCCGGGGACCCGGCGGUGCUUUAUUGGGGUUUGGGCUGGGGUAGAACUGUGUGGCUGGCAGACAGCAUUGUCCCUGGCACCCCUGCCUGUGCCCCUCUGACAAGUGCCAGCUAUUUUGUUAGGCAGCGCUGGGAGGGAAGGAGACUACACGCCUCCUGAUCCAAUAACCAGGGUCUCCCUUAGCCAUUCCUGAGACUUGGGAUAGAGGGUCCCCAACCCCACCUCCUCUCCCCCGCGAGGACGCCACUUCCAGGUGAGUCAGAGGGCACACUUCAGGACAUCAACCUCAGGCCGUUCCUUGGUCCCUGGUGGGGGCUGUGCAAGGGGCUGAGAAGGGCGUACGGGCACCAGAAUUUUCUCUAAAGCCCCAAAUCCCAAAAGUGCCUCCACUGACAGUGGCUUGGCAUAGGGUCCCUGCACGAACCAUGGACCCGGUCAGUUGUUACAAGCCACACACUUCCCAGAACGCGUCCACGCGCCUGGGGCUGGACCCACGGUCACCUCAAGAUCUGCAUAAGAUCCUCUCAUGUGUGUCUUUCCUUGAACUCCGCUGACUCCGACCUGAAGACCCUUCAUUCUUCACUGACCGUACACCCCACCCACCAGCACUCCCAAGCUCUCAAGGGAACAAGACCCAGGAAAACGUGAAAAUCUGACACACAGAACGGAAGGCAAAGAGCCAGUGUCUGGGCUCCCAACUUUAUUCAACAUUAGACUUACCGGAUUUCUUCCAGGGUGGGGGGGCCGCAGUUCUGGCGUGAGCGUGAGCGCGUGCGCACCGGGACGCCCCCUCCACUGGCAAGCCGUUCUCCCCUAGCUUCCUCUGCACACAGCUGCAUCCCUCCUGAGGGUCUGGAAUCCCUUCUCCCUGGUCCCCUGCUGUCGGCUCCAGGCCCCCAGGCUGCUCAGAUUCUUGCUUAACACAAUGGGACAUUUUCUGACUUAACUGUUUUUGAUUUUGCUCUGCUACCCCAGACUUUGCUCUAAGCUGCACUUUAACGAGUCCUACUAUCCUCUUAAUACAGCCCGGCUUCAUCUGCCACAGGCCUCCCCAGAGGACAGUGCUCCCCACCCGCACCCUCCCCGGCUCCGCACAGCCUCUUCCUCGGAGCUGAAAUCCUUCUGCAGGCUAUCAGACGAGCUUCGGGAGCAGCCAGGUCCGGUGGGACGUGGGCCCCUGACCACACCAACCGUAGACUGGAACGUCAGGGAGCACUCAGCACCCACGGGAACAGGAGAGUCCUCACGGGCAAAACAACAGAGGGAGAGGGCACUCAGGGUGUGACGACGACGAUGACGGGGGUGGUGCUGACGGACCUCGCGAAACUCUCGAGACCAGUGUCCCCUGGACCAGCAGACGAGACGGAGGCGGAGGCUCGGGAAGUGGGACGUGGUACAUAGGGAGGCUGACCCGAGGAGAGAGACCGAGAGAGUAUGUGCAUGUAGAGAGAUGUCUAUGGAUGUACAUAGGACCAAACAUGCUGAAUGUACAGAAAGGAGAUCGUAGCACGGGGCGGAUACCCGGCUCUGGGUUCGGGGUCGGACUCCCCGGGUUUCCAGACCUGUGCCCGGUGAUCCUGGUUUGCACGUGCAAGAGGGACAGCUGAGGAGGCUUUCGGGUUUGAUGGCGGGAGAGGGAGGCGUGGAGGCCGCUCCUCAGAGGAGGAGACGCCCACUGAGGCUGCAGAUACUCCCCGCACCCAGGCCCGGGAGGGAGGAGGGAGCGGGAGGACUCGGGUGGCCGCUCGGCCACGGGCACCUAGAACCCACCUACGCCGCGCUCCACCCCGGCAGUGUCCUGUCACUGUAGCACUUUGGUUUUGGUUUUAAAAUAAAAGCAC